CAAAUAAUAAUAUGUGAGAAUAUUGGGUACAAUCUCUAAAUAUGAAUCCUCUGAUUCUUCACUUGCAGUUUGAAAUAAAUAUAAUUAAAGAAAUUAAUUCAAAAUUAAAUCUUUAAUUCUUCAAAUAUUCGAACGUUCGUCAGAUCUUCAAAUCUUCGAACUUUCGUUCUUCGUAUCUUCAAACCUUCAAAGUUUUGUUCUUUGAAUCUUCGAAUCUUCGUUCUUUGAAUCUUCAAAUAUUCUUGAAUUAAGAAUUCAGCUUGAAGGGCCUCCGGUUUUCAAGUGGCUUGAUCUUCAACAAAAGGGCCGUUUUAUGGCUUGAUCUUCUGUUUAAGGGCCUCCCGGGAUAUGUGGCUUGAUCUUCAAUUGAAUCUUGAUUCAAUCUUAAUAUGAAUAUCUUCAAAUCUUCAAAGAUUCAUUCUUCAUAUCUUCAAAUCUUCAAAGUCUUGUUCUUCAGAUCUUCGAAUCUUCAAGCUUCGUUAUUCAGAUCUUCGAACGUUCUUCAACUUUUGGAUUUAUUUUAUUAAGAAUCGACGAAAUCACGAAGGAUUAUUCGUAUAUUCUUAAUAAAAUUUGUGGCUUGAUCUAUUCCUCUUUUUCGGAAUCGUUUAGAGCCUUUCGGGGAGUUCUUGAGAGCUUUUCUGCAACGUUUCUUCGUCUGAAAAAUCCUCCCCUCUUUCCUCUCAUCUGAGACCCCUAUUUAUAGGUGUGGAGGGGAUGAAAAUAUGCUCUAGGGUUUUGGAAAUUCGUACAUAUUCCUUGGGCCUCAAAUAAAAUGGGUUUUGGGCUCUAUUUGCUUGCAUUUAAUAGCCAGAAAAAUCAGCACUUAUUCGAUGUAUCUGGACAGCCCUUUUUAACAAGGUUCAUAGCUAUUUCUCAUGCAUAUGUACUGAUUUCUUGACUAGAUUCAUCCUCAUCUUCAUAUAUUGGAUCAUGUCUCUUAUUUAUUGGGCCAAUACUUGAUAGUGGGCUAAAAUUACUAGGACUGGUCCAUUCUUUUCGGAUAAUAAAAUUAAUUGGAUAUUCAAAUGAUCCGAAUUAAUUAAAUUAUAUGUGAAUAGAUCCAUAAUAAUAAUUUCCCUUGUUUUUAAAGGCCCAACAACCGUUAUGAGUAGCCCAUUGUACUUGAGUUCGAUCCAAUAGCUUCUAAAAGAGGCCCAAUAAGGUCAAUAAUAGCUCGAUACCAUUUGAAGAGGCCAACUGACUAUCAGAACCGGCCCAAUAAUUUUUUAAAUGUCCACAAAUGCCCCCUCGAGACUUGCUUGGAUGUACCGAUUUUAUCACCACGAACAAGUGAGUCUCGAAAAUUAACUUGUUGAUCAAAGUUAUACCCAUUUUGCACAAUAAAUUUAAAUCCGUAGGCAAGGUCAACAAAACUCAUGGAUUUAAAUUCCCAUUAUUUCUAAUAGGCCAAAAAAACAUGUGAUUGGGCUCAAUUUGUUUUAAUAUACGCACUCCCAAUUUUGAAUUAAAGUAGGAGAGGCCAAUUUAUAAUACACUCCAAAUACAGUUCUUACUCAGACUUUUAAACGGGAGAUACUCCGUAUUAAUCAUGCGGCGGAACAUACAACAGGAGAUUCCAAAUUGUUCUCUAACUCGAAGAACCUCUCUUCUAUUAGGACUUAAUCUGCCUGACUUGAGAUCUAUCAUUGUAUAAAUAUCAACCCAGCUGGCUCUCUUUCGCAACUUUAAUUUUUUUUGCGGUAGUUUGCAAAGCUGGAUUAAAAUCCCAGAAGAUAUAGAACAACAGGUAAAUCUCCCCUCUUCAGCAUUCUUUCUUUAUCUUGUUGUUUUCUUUCAUUGUUUUGCAGGGGAUAUACCAUACAAAAAUCUCCGUCGUGGCUUUGAGAAGCCAGAUAUUGAGAUUGCAUUCAAAAUCCCAGAUCAAAAAAAAAUAGCAGAGAGAAGAUACUGCUGUUGCAGACUUGGCGAGGGGAAAGAGCUCCAUUGGCGCUGACAUUCUUGUAUUCGUGAAGGAGGAGCACAGUUCAUCCGACGCUGCAGCGGCGUGGUUGCGUUGAGCUUAUGGUUGAUUUUCGAAGGAGGCCUGUGCAGCCGGCAGUUAAGCCCGAGGUUGAUUUCCGAUGGCGAGCAACAGUCUGAGGUUUCAAGGAGAUUCUAGUGCUGCGGCUCUUUUCUUCUGAUUCCUGCGUGCGAAGUAGAUGACGAGAUGGUGUCGCUGGUCUAAUUUGCUCUGCUGCAGUUUUGGCGAGAGGAAUUCAAUCGAUUUUUUUUUGAAGCUGUUCUCGUGCUUCGUGCGAAGAAGCCAAAAGAAGACCGAUUGCCUCCUUUUCUGCGUGCGACGAAGUUGACGGAAUGGGGCCAGCUUCUUUUAAAUAAAUUAGGCUUUUGGGCCUAUUUUAUGAUUUGAGCCUUCCCAUGAUUCCGGGCAAUUCUAAGAUCACAACAAGGCCCCUGUUUUCGGCUAUUUCAAGUGAUGACGCCAUUAAUUGAAGAGCUAUUGUCGGUUAUCGGUGCUGCCUGGGGUCCUUCGUUGGGCUAGUGACACUGAUUUAAAGAAUUAGGUUGAUUUCCGACCAUCGGUGUUGCUUGGGGCCCUUCGUUGGGUUAGUGGCACUGAUCUAAAGAUAUAGGCCGAUUGCCGAUCAUUGGUGUCACUUGGGGCCCUUCAUUGGGCUAGUGGCACCAAUCUAGAAACUUCGGCUAGUUGCACUUGUUGAAGACUGAGAUGUUGCUGCUACUUUCGACCUUUGUCCAUGCUGAAGGAGCUUGACUAAUUAUUGGCCAGUGUUACUAAUUUCUUUGUUCGUCUAGUCGGAAGAUGAAAUCAAUUGCUCGGGCUUGAGAUUGAUUAUCAUUGCUGAGCGGCCUGUUUUUUUUCUUUAUUAUUAUUAUUACUUUAGUUUUUUUUUAGUAAUAAUAAUAAGAAUAAUGAUGAUUUUUUUUUGCAGUCCAAAAUGAUAUCUUUUAAGGACGUAAGGCGUGGAGGUAAAAAGUAUCUCUCCAUAUCAACGAGCAAGAAGAAUGACGAAGAGAUUCUUUUGGAGAUGCACAAGCCAUUUGCUCGCGAGUUUUGGGGUCCAACGGUUGUGUCCUAUCGAGUUACAAACUGGACUCCUGAGUGCGAGUAUCAAGCUCAGACAAUGCGGACUUUAGUAUUUGGCUUUACUCACAUGCCCUCUUCUGAGAUUCUUCCUUCUUUGGGUAGACGCAUCCUUGAUGAAAACGCCCCUUUGACAAAGACCUUAUCAUUUGGUGGUGAGUUUAGAUUCAUCACAGGUUAUUGGGACUGGGCCGAAGAUAUUUUGAGCGUGAGUAAAAGCGUUCUGGAGGAAGGUCUUAUUUAUGAUGAUGUUUAUGCCUCAUUAUUCACGUAUGACCGAUGUACUAAUGCUAUUCAAGCAUUUUGUGAGGCAUGGUUUCCCAUGACGAAUACUUUGCUUACGUCACACUUUGGGACUUGCACGUUAUCGGAGGAUUGCCUAUCAUAGGAGACGCAUAUGAUGAAUCUAUUCCGGGCACUUCUGAGUUGUUAAAUACGAGCGCUGACUGUUCAUUUCAUCUAUGCAAAUAUUUGUUUCACGCACAUCAUCAUCUCUUUCCCAGAGCCAGAGAUAAGCGUGUUUUGCAUGUUCAUGCAUGGGUCAAAUUCUGGUUCAGAAAGGCCUCCAAGUAUACUAUGCCUCCAGUGAGAACAGAAAAGAAACGAACAUCUCGUGCCAAGGCGACCCAUAAUCCGAGUGGAGCUAUUCCAAAAUUUGGAGGAUGGUCGAAUUCUAUGAAGGUACCAUUCCACAUACUCAAGGUUCCUGCUGAAUAUCAGGAAGAGGUAUAUUUAGCGGCAUUUUUAUCAUGUUGGCUUUGUGCAUUUGUAUUGCCGCAUGAAGGUCCUAGAGUUAUCCGCCCGGAAACAUUCAGAGUUGCUUGUAUGUUGGCUCGAGGGAAACGUGUAUGCCUUGCGGUCCCGGUUCUUGCAAGUGUCUAUCAUGGGCUUAAUCGGAUCUCGAAUGCUCCAGCUCCUGAUCAGGUUAGAACGUGUUUUCCCGUUCACUAUGUCUAUGGAUGGUUGGCAUCAUACUUUGAUACACAUUUUAAGAAUGAGAUCCAGUCCACGACACCAUUAAUGAUUUCUUAUUCGGGAGAAAGUGGAGCGAGAUCCCUCGAGAAGAGAAGUGCGCGCAAACGAAUUUUCCAGGGGGAUGUAUCAGCAUGGGUGUGUUCUACACAUCGAAGAAUCAAAGAAUAUUCAUUCUUCGAUGGUAAAAAUCCUCCAGAGGCUGAGUUGGCGCUUUUUAGGAGACUUCGGUCUAAUUAUCUUGUAUUACGCUACCGGGAUCAUUGCAUUGCUGAGCCUUACACUCCUCACCGCUUUAGUCGCCAAUUUGGGUAUUUUCAGGCUUAUGCUUCUGGUUUUCUUGAGAUGCGUAAUCGGAGUGUCACACUUGCUGCUGGCUUUCAGCUUUGGCUACAGUUUGAGCAUGGCAUGUCACAAGCUGAAGCGGUAUUUCCGACUCCUCCUACUAUUCCAGCGGAAUUUUAUUCAUUGCAGUAUAAAGAAUGGUGGGGUCAAGUUCAUGGAAGUUAUUUGGAGAAUCAUGUGAGCGACUUGAUCAAGAUUUGCGAUCUUGCGGUUGGUGAUGUGAUCACCCCUUCAGAUCCUGUGACUCCAAUCUCCAAGAAGAAAAAAAAUGCCUGAUACUGAAGCUAAGUCUUUGCCUCAGAAAAAGGCUAAGCUUGUAGCACCUACGGCUGAAGUUUUGAUUAAGGAUGCUGAGAAGGAAAUGUCUCCUGCCAAUGAAAGGCAGAGUAGUGAUGAGAGGAACUGGAAGCAUUUUAGGAAACCUCAUGUUGGGCCACUGAAGGUUAGUUUCAUCAUUUCAUAGUUUUAUUUAAAGCGUGUACUUAUAUUUUUUUUCUUUUGCAGAUUCAUGCAGUCCUUGAUGAUGCUAGUUCCUCGAAUCAUGUUUCUUCAUCUAGCUCAAGUGAAGGAGAAAGCGCAGAUCAUGACACCGUCGCUGGAUUGAUAGCAGAAACCGGCCCAAGUCAUUGCAAAGAAGUUCCGAUCCAUGAAAUACCCAAGUCUUCUCAUGUGAAACCGGUUGUAUCUGUAUUCCAUGCAGAAGACUGCUUCUUUACUUUGUAUAAGCAGUUCAUCAUUAAUACUUGGAGUGGCAUUCAACAAAAGUUAGGACGGGCUACAGCAGAGAACGUCUCAUCUCUUCGGGAGAGUGUUGAGAAUUGUGUUAUCUUGAUGGAGAAGGAGGGCAUUGACCUUUCCAUGUUGAAGACGAGAGUGAAGCAUUUCUUUGAAAGGGCACAAGCAUUUGAUCAGACGUGCUCGACUGUUGUUGAUAGGGUUCCUUCUGAGAAACAAUCUCAGGAAUUGGCUAUGUCGCAGGCUUUUUGUGAAGAUAUUGAAGCUAAGAGAUCUCAAAACCAAGUGGCAUUACUUGAUGAUGAGAAAUCUCUUAAUGAUAUCAAGAAGAAGAUAGCCUUAUUGGAAGCUGAAGCUAAGGAAGUAGAAGUUUCGAUCUCCAAGCGUCGUGUAGAGGCUUGUGACUUAGACACAGCUCUUACGAAGGCUAAGGAGGAAUCUUCACGGAUUUUGAAGACUAUCAAAGCAUCAGAUGAGGAUCAAUUUGCUUUAAAUACUCAGAAGAAGGAGCUAGAGGCCUUGAAGGAUGACUUAGUUAGCUUUAAAUUGUUUUUAGGCUGAUACUUAGCUUUUAGAUUAGCUUUUAGUCAGCAAACAACUCUUUUCCUUACUUCUUACCAAACUAUAUAUGGAUAUUUGCUUCCUUUGUUGCUUCUCAUGAGUUGAUAUUGUCUUGUUUCUUCUUCUGUUUUGUCUUUCUUUUUUUUUUUCAAAGUGACUGAGAUCAAACUCUAUUGAGGGUUUGUGUUGUUAUAACUGAACUCAAAAAUGAAACUUUUGAGCUGCCUACGUACUCCUAUGAAGGAGAUCAAGUCAAACGUAGUUCACAAGUACCAUUUGAAUUGGUAAUCUAAAGGAGGGGACCGUACACAAUUUUAACUCAUGCGGGCCAGGAGCUUACCGUACAUAUUUUAAACUCUCGUGGGCCAAGAGCUUGCCGUACACAUUUUAAACUCUCGUGGGCCAAGAGUAUCUAUGAUUAUGCUCACCCAUAGACAAAGUGAGAUGUUUU